AUGGCAGCGAGGCCGAUCCUCUGGCGGGUCCUACAAGACGAAAAUGGAUUGCUGCAGCAUUUAGCUGCCAUUCGACUGGUAGCAUUCCUUGAUCGUGAGCCUGCAGUGAGCAUGCUCGUGAAACGGCUGUACCGGAAGCUACAAGGCUACCAGCGGGGCUUUGCAGGCGUGCCAGCAGAGGAGCUUUCUCUGCUUGCCGUCGAGCUUCGGGCUGCACUUGUGGAGGGCUUGGAGUCCCUGGCUGGGUCGCAUCCGCAGCAGAUUCGAAGCGACCCCUUCGCUCCCAAAGGCAAGCUGCAGGUGCGUGUGGUGGCACAGCUUUGCUUGCAGAACCUGUCAAUGGACCUGUUGAAGGGGCCUGGCCUCAGUGCCGAUCCUUUCGCCUUGCUCGGCCAGCUAAAGCUGGACUACCAGUCGCCAGCGCCGCUGCCGGAUAUUCUGGACACCACUGCGCUGGAGGGAUACUCGGCCGUUUGGGCGCUUCUGCUUCGGCUCCGCUGUGGCAGCCAGGCGCUGCAGGAGGUCCACCAGCUUCCUCUCUUCGGCUUCGGCGGCCGCGGUGUUCAGCGCACGCCCCUUGCAGCCCUUCAGCGCAAGGUGGACCUGCUCCGUGCAGAACUCGGGCAUUUCCUGUCCUGUCUGGAGCACUAUGUCCACGUUGAUGUCCUGCAGAAGGAGUCGAUCAUCCUGGAGCGUCAGAUCCGAUCUUUAGUGAGCGAGGCGUUGGAGGGCCGGCUCGCCAGCGGAGCCAGAAGCGAGGAGCCUCCUCGCGCAGUGGACGUGCUUCAAAGAGUGCAGCAGAUGCACCGGCAGCAUCUCAGGCAAGUCUUGCAGGCUUGUCUGCUGAUUCCCGACCUGAGCACAGUUCUUGAAGAUCUGCAUCAGCUGCUGGCCAUGGGGGUCCGCCUCAAGGAUGUCCUCGAGCAAACGCUUCAGCAGCUUCAGGCCCUUGAGUCGGCAAGGCGCCGUCCCGCAGAAGUGAGUGCCGUGGAGCAGGCCCUGGAUGCAGCGCAAGCUUCUGCUGACCUUGCGGCUUCAGAGGGUUUGGAGCCCGAUGGUCAAGUUGCCGCCGCAGCCAGUGCAGCUGCCGAUGCUGCAGCCGCGCUGAACGUGCCGAUUGGAGCUCAACUCUCCAUUGCCGCGGUGGCAGCUGCCAAGAUUGCCAUCGACCUGGCGAUCUCCCAGGAUGAUGCUGCUGAUGCAGCGGCCUCGUGCACAGAGAGCAUCACUCAAUCUAUGGGGCAAGAUGCGGACACGAGGGCGCAAGCAGCAGACACUACAGCCAUUAUCACUGGGUAUUUGGUAGCAUCGCAUGCUGGCGAGGGCCCGAUCGCAGCGGGACUGGAAGCAGGCAAAGCCAUGAGAGCAGCAGGCAGUACUCCGCAAGAGCAGCUGUCGGCAGCUGCAGAUGCAGCCCUGCACGCCGCUUCCGCGGCCAAUCUGCCCAAGGAACUGCAGCUGGUGGCUGCAACCGCUGCCAUAGGUCGCACCGCGGCAGUGGGUCGCAUCCGAACCUCCAAAGACGAGUUUCGGAAGCUUAUCUUGCACCUUGCAGCGCAGUUGGCUGUUGCACUACCAAGCUACGGAGUGGACGAGGCGACGCUUGCGACGACAGCGGAGGCUGCAGCUGUGCAGGCCAGUACCAGUUAG